AUGAUUGAGAAGUCCACUUCUCAGAGGGCUCGGGCCGAGUGGCCGAAUUCUUUUUCGUCGCAAAGAGUUAGCAAGAGGCCACAACAGCAAUUGUCGCAUUCUCAACGUCGUCUCUACAGUCCCAGUGCCUCACCGCCUGCCUCAUCACACUCACAGUCGUCGUCGUCGUCAUCGCUCUCCUCGCAACCAAGGAGCUCUUCUUCGCGACACAACCCUAGCUAUCGUAUUCGUCUAGAUACCCGUCUAGAUAGGUCGUCACCGCCCCUCAACUUUGACUAUUUUCAGUUCCAGGCCGCAGCUACUACUGCUCCGUCAUCAUCAUCAUCAAUUGUUGGACAUGCUAUUGGUAUCACGACCUCUGGAGACGCGGGUUUAAAUUUAACGGCGCAGCAUACCACGCUUCCGGAUACAUCAUGGAUGACCUAUUCCUCAGGCCCUCUGAACACUAUUCCACUCAGUCCCGAGGAUCCGGUGAGCCCCGGAUACUCGACCUACAUCGGAACUAAUGGCGGUGAUGCAUUAUCGCUCCAGGCCGGAGUUAUGCCUGGACUCUCCAUGCCAUGGGACAUCGUGAAUUCUACUACACAAUUAUCUGGACCCUCCAACUAUGAGGAUAUUUGUAUGUCAGAGGCUAAUAUGGGAAGCUAUGGAAGUCAUGGAAGUAUGCAAUUGGCUUCUACUUCCACCAUCUCGGCAACGUCCGAUGAAUAUGGUUUCCCAAUCUCUCCGUCAAUGUAUGGAUCCCCAGGAGGUGCAAACCCGUUGCUCGGUCUCGCGCUGCCCAAUUAUGUGAACCAAGGUAUGAUGGUCAGUCAAACAAUGCAACGCACCGAAGAUCUCAAUACUUCCUUACCGUCUACCUCGACCUUUUCCUUCGACAAUACAUACACAUCUCUAGAUUGGAGUUACAGCAAUAUUUUCCCCACCGAGCCCAUGGCCCCUUCAACAUCUCCACUUCUAGAGACCCCAAACCUCCCUCAGAGAAGUAGAUACAUACGAUCACAAUAUCCCUGGAACCCGCAUGAUGCACACGGUAAUAUCUUCAGCGAGAAUUCCAACUCCGGCCGCGUUACUUAUGAGCCUGGGCCGUCUCAAAUACACUCCUAUGAACCCGAGCGAUCUCCAAUACAAUCCUACGAAUCCGAGAGUUCGCCAUUAAACUCCUAUGAGCCCGAACGAUCUCCAAUACAAUCCUACGAAUCCGAACGAUCCCCACUAACCUACGGGACACCAUCCCCGGUGGGUAAUGACAGAUUCACUGUACCCGGCCAAGGACAAUCAAACAACAAUGUAUAUGGACCGGAACCCCCAAAAAUAAAUUGGUUUGAUGAAAGCGAUGCAUCAACCUCUUACUCCAACACUAUGUAUACUCCCUCCCACGGCUCCCCGGUAUCGCACCACUCCCCGCAUUCACAAGGCUCACAGCCGCCGCCUUCACCAAGCGAUGCGGGACAACAUUCGCAUGUCUUCAGUGCAAAUACCGAACCGCAGAAGAAUAAGGUUACUAGGGGCCGUGUGAGACCGUUGACAGAUAAGGAGAAGAGGGAAGCGAGGGAUGUCAGGCAGGCGGGCGCUUGCUGGGCUUGCCAUCUCUCUAAGAUCAAGUGCUCACCUUGUUCUCCAGGGUUUCCUUGUGAACAGUGUACUAGGCUUUCUGGGAAGAGAAGGUUUUGUCUCCUACCAUGUUUCAAUGAUCCAGUCGAAAUGCUGGAUAAAUUCUUAGUACCUGAAAAUCACAUAAGAAUGUACACAGUCGAAAACACCAAGAGAUUCAUCUCGAAGAACGCCGAUGCAUGGGGGACAGAUGAGAUGAUAGUGCGAUUAAGCUGGGGCUACCGAGUCCCGCUGAAAGUUACCGUCGUCUCCUUAUCGGUACGAGGUUCGACUUCGGUCUUUCGAUAUCAGCAUCAAACGUACAUCAAUGCAUCAGGAAGACCGACUUUCACGAGAAAGAAGAGCCCACCGCUUGGUAUUCCGCUCUUAUCGAUGGAGGAGAGACAGGAGGAGUAUGCUCGAUAUAUCAAGAAGAUUGUUAGGAAUGAUUUAGAUGGAUAUGCUAAGAUAGCGUAUGAACCUGAGGAAUCAAAUCUUGCGAAACGUUUGCUUGGAACGGUAUGCCAGUUUUACACUGCUGGUGUGGAGGCCAAUGACGAGUAUGAACUCCUUCGCGAAGCCUUAGAAAUACACAUUGCCUGCGCCAUCCUGGAGAGAAGUUUAAUCCUCGAUGACGAAUCAACCAAUUUGGUAGAAGGGCGCCUAGGAGAAGAUUUCCCAGCAGACUCUUCUCCAAGAUGCGCUUCUCGCCAAAUCAAAGUAGCCUUUUUCAUAUCGCAACAAGAGAGAAUCAGAGAAGUCCUCAAGGAAUGGGGUCAAAUGAUGUGGACAAGUAAUCGCGCGACUGCGAACGAACGAAAAUGGGCGAUUGGAUUCAGCGUCUUGCUCGUCUUGACACUCGUGAUGGAUAAGACACUGGGUCUCUCAUAUUGCAAUGCCGAAUCGAGAAUCAAACAUGGCGGUAAAGAAGCAGAGAUUGAACGCAAUGAAUUUCAGGAGAGAGUAAAAGUAACACAAACAAACUUGUUCGAGAGAUGCAAAGAGAUUCUCCAUUCGAAGUUCAAGACACGAAAAGGGGGUAAGGAGAGUUUUAACCCAAUCCGUGACGGCGAUGGCGCCUGGCGUGGCAAAGUCAUUGAUGAGAGAAUUGCCGGUUUUGUACAUGAUAUGAAAAGUGUGGUUCGGGAAUUUGGUAUGUUUCUCUCGGUUCUCCUCUCCCCUCUCCUCUCCUCUCCUCUCCUCACCGUUCAUUUCUGCGUCCGCGACCGCCCGAGACAGAUAGAUUUGGAUGAUUAUCAAACCCAAGUUCGAUCUUUUAGACCUAGGAUCUCGAAGAAUCCACGAGAUGAUCCACUGUCGUUGUCUCUGAAAGUUGACGAAUCACCGUACACAGAUGCGGCCCGAUUAGCCUGUGUAUUUUUGGACGAUUUUCUGGAUCAUUGA